GCGGUGGAGACUCGCGCUCCCUCCAGCCCCUGGGGCAGAACUUUCUCGCCCCCCCCUCUCCCUCCCCCGCAGUCGGACUCCCUCCCCAGCCGGCCAGUCCUCCCGGAGGAGAAGGCGCCGCGGAGACAGCCCGGGCGGGGGCCUACCUUCCCCAGGGUCGGCAUCAUGUCGGCGGCGCAGGUGUCCUCGUCCCGGAGACAGUCUUGCUACCUGUGCGACCUGCCCCGCAUGCCUUGGGCCAUGAUCUGGGACUUCUCAGAACCCGUAUGCCGCGGUUGCGUCAACUACGAGGGCGCCGAUCGCAUCGAGUUCGUGAUCGAGACCGCGCGCCAGCUGAAGCGGGCGCACGGCUGCUUCCAGGACGGCCGCUCCCCCGGGCCGCCGCCGCCCGUCGGGGUCAAGACGGUGGCCCUGUCGGCCAAGGAGGCGGCGGCGGCGGCAGCGGCGGCGGCAGCGGCCGCCGCGCAGCAGCAGCAGCAGCAACAGCAGCAGCAGCAACAGCAGCAGCAGCAGCAGCAGCAGCAGCAACAGCUCAACCACGUCGACGGUUCCAGCAAGCCUGCGGUGCUGGCGGCCCCGUCCGGCCUGGAGCGCUACGGCCUGAGUGCAGCUGCCGCCGCCGCCGCCGCCGCUGCCGUGGAACAGCGCAGCCGCUUCGAGUAUCCGGCACCGCCGGUGAGCCUGGGAAGCAGCAGCCAUGCCACGCGGCUGCCCAACGGCCUGGGAGGCCCAAACGGCUUCCCCAAGCCAGCACCGGAGGAGGGACCCCCAGAGCUGAACCGCCAGAGCCCCAACUCGUCUUCAGCGGCGGCGUCGGUGGCCUCUCGGCGUGGGACGCACGGUGGGCUCGUGACGGCACUGCCCAACCCGGGAGGUGGUGGAGGCCCCCAGCUCGCUGUGCCCCCCAACCUGCUGCCGCAGACGCUGCUUAACGGCCCGGCUAGCGCCGCGGUGCUGCCCCCACCCCCGCCCCACGGGCUGGGCAGCCGUGGGCCCCCGACGCCGGCUCCCCCAGGGGCUCCUGGGGGUCCUGCUUGUCUCGGGGGCGCCCCGGGCGUAUCCACCACGUCGGCGGCGGCGGCGUCGUCCACCUCGUCGUCGGUGGCGGAGGUGGGCGUGGGUGCUAGUGGCAAGAGGCCUGGCUCAGUGUCGAGCACGGACCAGGAGCGUGAGCUGAAGGAGAAGCAGCGCAACGCCGAGGCCCUGGCCGAGCUGAGCGAGAGCCUGCGCAACCGCGCGGAGGAGUGGGCCAACAAGCCCAAGAUGGUCCGCGACACGCUGCUCACGCUGGCUGGCUGCACGCCCUACGAGGUGCGUUUCAAGAAGGACCACUCGCUGCUGGGCCGCGUCUUCGCCUUCGACGCCGUCUCCAAACCCGGCAUGGACUACGAGCUGAAGCUGUUCAUUGAGUACCCCACGGGCUCGGGCAACGUGUAUUCCAGCGCUUCCGGCGUGGCCAAGCAGAUGUACCAGGACUGCAUGAAGGACUUCGGCCGGGGCCUCUCCUCGGGUUUCAAAUACCUGGAGUACGAGAAGAAGCAUGGCUCCGGGGACUGGCGGCUGCUUGGAGACCUGCUUCCCGAGGCUGUGCGCUUCUUCAAGGAGGGCGUGCCCGGCGCCGACAUGCUGCCCCAGCCCUACCUGGACGCCAGCUGCCCCAUGCUGCCCACGGCGCUGGUGAGUCUAAGUCGCGCCCCCAGCGCACCCCCGGUGACCGGGGCCUUGCCGCCUGCUGCGCCUUCGGGCCGGGGCACAGCCGCCAGCCUGCGCAAGAGGAAGGCGUCCCCCGAGCCCCCGGACUCAGCCGAUGGCGCGUUGAAGUUGGGCGAAGAACAGCAGAGGCAGCAGUGGAUGGCGAACCAGAGCGAGGCUCUGAAGCUCACCAUGUCGGCCGGGGGCUUUGCGGCGCCGGGGCACGCGGCAGGGGGUCCGCCCCCGCCACCCCCACCCCUGGGACCGCAUUCCAACCGGACCACCCCGCCGGAGUCAGCCCCCCAGAACGGUCCAUCCCCUAUGGCCGCCCUCAUGUCGGUGGCAGACACUCUGGGCACGGCGCACUCGCCUAAGGAUGGCAGUUCCGUGCACUCUACCACUGCGUCCGCGCGGCGCAAUAGCAGCAGCCCAGUCUCGCCGGCCUCUGUGCCAGGGCAGCGCCGCUUGGCAUCACGUAAUGGGGACCUGAAUUUACAGGUGGCACCCCCGCCGCCUAGCGCCCACCCAGGCAUGGACCAAGUGCACCCCCCAAACAUUCCGGAUUCCCCCAUGGCCAACAGCGGACCCCUCUGCUGUACCAUUUGCCACGAACGUUUGGAGGACACGCAUUUCGUUCAGUGCCCAUCCGUCCCCAGCCACAAAUUCUGCUUCCCUUGCUCUAGAGAGAGUAUUAAGGCCCAGGGGGCCACCGGCGAGGUGUACUGCCCUAGCGGAGAGAAAUGCCCCCUAGUCGGGUCGAAUGUACCUUGGGCUUUCAUGCAGGGCGAAAUCGCGACUAUCUUAGCUGGGGAUGUUAAAGUGAAAAAGGAGAGAGACCCUUGAACCACAGGGCAGCCACCUUCUUUGCCCUAGACCAGCUCCUCUCCAAUGCAGAGGGCCCCUCCCCCACCCGCCUCGAAUCUCCCUUCCCUCACCUCCAAAUUGUAGAAUUGUGAAUAUAACAAACUGCAAAAAGUUAGUCUUAUGUAUAGACAUUAUUUUCGUCGUAUGUUUCUAUAUUUUGAAACUAAGGUAUGUAACUUCUUCAUUUGAAGGAUAAGCUGGUUUGUGUUUCACAGUAUAAUGGUUGGGUCAUUUGCAUCAUAUUCGUUAGCAUUUAUUUGGUGGCAGAAUGUUUGCCUAGGUACAGAAUUAAUAGCCCUUAGCAAGGACUGCUGCUGGUGUGUAUUUUUGUAAAUGUUAUGCAUUCGGAAAGGAAAAACACACACAAAAGAAAAAGACUUUUUUUUUUUUUUUUUUGCCAAGGCCAGUGUUGCUGCCUAAAAAAAAAUGCUUAUAAAAUGGUGAAAGCUUCUUUCAAACCACCCCAAGUGUUGAAGUCUUCACUUUAUUUUGUUCUGUUGUUUUGUUUUCCUGUUUUGUUUGCAAAAUGGUAAGGGGGGAACUGGGGAGGAUGGGGUGUUUUUUGUUGCAAGUUUGUGAGGGGAAAAUGUUUUGGUUUGUUUCUACUGACCUGAAUGUGUUGGAUCUUCACGUGUUGUUUUGUUUUUGCUUUGUCGAUGCACGGAUGCUUUUGAACAGUAGAGCGAAAUGCUAGACAUGGAGAAUCUGCUCUGUUUGUCCUUUAUACAUUUCUGUAGUUAACAGAACACUGUAAUGUGCCUUGGAGCUUAGUAACUUGUAAUAAAUUCAAUUGAUAUUAAUUC